UAUACUCUGAACUCUGAAACGAUUAACGACAGUCUGAUACUCCGACUGUGUGAUAAGUUCUAGUCUACAAAAAAGCUGAUAAAAUCCGCGCUUUAACCGCGACCGACUCACACCGCUAUACAUCUUCAGGAUCACAACAACGUUUGAUGUUAAUUCGUUCGGCUGUAAAAUGUUAUUUUCAGUUUGGUUGAUUUUGUGUGCGCUUCUGGUUUUUGUGCUCAGUUACAAGUUGCUGAUACGAGACGACGAUUUCUUCAAGGUCCAAGGUCCCAAAGGAUUAUUUCUGAUCGGGAACUCCUUGGAUUUUCUGAAAAACAGAGUGGACACUUUUGCUUAUUUCCGGUAUCAUGCUCAAAGGUUUAAAGAGCUUUACAAAAUAUCAGUGGGAAGCUUCAAGUGUAUGAUAGUCUACUCCCCGGAAUAUGUCGAGACACUUCUAAGUGGUAUCCAGUACCACAAAAAGGGAAGGGUAUACGACUUUCUGAAGCCGUGGUUGAAAGAUGGCUUACUCAUAAGUAAAGGUCUAAAAUGGCAGCACAGAAGGAAAAUUCUGACUCCAGCAUUCCAUUUCAAUAUACUGCGUCAUUUCUACACGACCAUAUUGAAAAAAUGCGACAUGCUUGUGGCGCAAUUGGAACCGGAAGUUCAGAAGGAGAAGACUGAUGUGCUAGCGUUUGUUGCUGACUUUACGCUAAACACCAUCUGUGAAACGGCCAUGGGAACAUCGGUGGAGGACUCGAAUGUUUUCGGAAGGAAAUAUAGACACGCAGUCCACGAACUUGGGAUGUUCAUAUACGAGAGAACGGUACGAGUGCUCUACCACAGCAAUUUCAUAUUCAAGUUCUCGUACUUGGCUCGCAAGCAGAACGAGCAUAUAGCGACUGUUGCCUCCUUUAGAAAUAAAGUUGUCAACAACAGACGACGGAAUCGUUGCAAGAUAGACGUGGACUCGGCGAUGGCUAAUAGUGACAGUGAUAUUGCUGAAUGCGGCCAGAAGAAGUUGGCGAUGCUGGAUAUUCUGUUGAAAGCUGAGGACGAGAAGAAAAUUGAUGAGGAAGGCAUCAGCGAGGAAGUGGAUACUUUUACUUUUGAGGGUCACGACACAACGGCCGCAGCACUGCAGUACAUCUUUAUGUUGCUGGCAAACCAUGAGAAAGAACAGGAGCAAAUAGUAGAGGAGAUCGACCGGAUAUGCGGCGGGUCGGACCGGGCACUGGAGCUGGCCGACCUCACCGAGAUGAAGUAUUUGGAGUGCUGCAUCAAGGAGGCCCUGCGCCUGUACCCACCGGUGUUCUUCAUCACCAGAAACGUUGACACACCAUUCGAACUGAAGGACGGCAUGCUGGUCAACAACACGGAGAUGGUGGUAUCCAUAUUCGACAUACAGCGGCGCGCGGACCAGUUUGUGGAGCCGCUCAAGUUCGUACCUGAGCGGUUCAUGACGGAACCCACGUGGCACCGCUACGCCUAUAUCCCGUUCAGUGCGGGCCCACGGAACUGUAUAGGUCAAAAGUUUGCGAUGAUGGAAAUGAAACUAGCAGUGGCUUCAGUUCUUCGCAAGUAUCGUCUGCGGCCAGUGACAAAACCAGAUGACAUAGUGUUUAUUCUAGACCUCAUAUUACGACCUCAAGAUCCUAUUUAUGUUAAGUUUGAAAGUAGAUAGGAAUUAGGAAUUUAAUUAUUAUUACAUUUUUAUACGAUUCUAUCGGCCAUAC